UCACCUCCCUCGGCAGUGGAACGAACAAUCAGAUGGAUUUGAUUUACCUAAUUUUCUGCGUGCGUACGUGUCCCUACCUACCUCUUCUUGUUUGUUUGUUUGUUUGUUUGCUUACCUGUCCGGUGAUGGGAAAAAAGUCACCGGCGCCAACUUGUCAAGGGAUCGAAACAAGGGUCUCCCACAAAAUGAAGAAUUGUUUGCUUGCGUGGUUCGAGACGAGGUCGAGUGUUGCCAAAAGGUGCCCACACACCCAUCGUUAUCCAUCCACCUCCAUACAUCUCCCGGCACUUUUGGCAGCUGCAUGCAUGCAUGCAGGCAUCGCGAUUCAAGGCGACGUAGGAAAGGAUGCUGGGGGUGUGAUGCGAAAUCGAUGCGUGUCUAGAAGCAGAGUCUCAGUCCAUCGUCAUUUACCCUCGUUGCAGUGCAGUGAGUAGUGGUAUUGCACUAAUUUAAUGAGAGAUAUCAUGGCCGUUACGCCAGUUACGCCCUUGUUGGAGUCUGGCUUGCCUCACUCGUGUUGGUAAAUCAUGUAUAACUUGUGGUGGCAAGUCCUUGUUCGUUCGGUCUGGUUGGCAAGGUAGAUGAUGUCUGAAUCGGAAGCGAUAAUGGUAAGUUGACAAGAUGGAGGCCGCGUCGCUGAUGUAUUUUCCUAAGGGUACUUUUUGCCUGGACCUUGUCAUUCUGGUUAGCACAAGGAUGCGAACUAAAAGGACGGGGAGCAGAGAAAGAAGCUCUGAUUAGACAGACAAGAAAUAGAGAGUUGUAGUGGACUUGUGACUGUGAUGAAUUGGUCUGUUGCGUUGGG